ACCGUACCGAAACCAAAAAUAAAGAAGAAAAAAACAUUUGAAAUUUGAAUUGACAUGACAUUGACAAUUAAGUGAUAUCUAUGUAUGUUUCUUCAAGUGAUUUUAAAAGACCAAAACAUUGAUGAUGCCAGGAAUACUUUGCAGAAGUGCUAUGAAUACGUUUCAAAAAUUAAGACCUUUAACGAAUUCUAAAUGUAAUUCUACUUUAAUAUUCGGAAUAGAAACAUCGUGUGAUGAUACUGGAUGUGCCAUAAUCAACGAGGAAGGGAAUAUCAUUGCGGAGUCCUUAAAAUCCCAAAAUUUAGUACAUUUAAGAAAUGGCGGAAUUAUACCUGAUGUUGCUCAAGAUCUUCAUCGGAAAUAUAUUGAACCGACAGUCACAGAAACAUUACUAAAAGCUAAUCUGUUGAUGAAAGACAUAAGCGCAAUAGCUGUUACAGUAAAACCUGGUUUACCAUUAAGUCUGGCUGUCGGCAUGAAGUAUGCCAAACAUUUAGCACGAGUUAAUGCUAAACCUAUAAUUCCUAUUCACCAUAUGGAAGCACAUGCAUUGACAGUCAGAAUGGAACACAAUGUUAAUUUCCCAUAUUUAGUGUUACUCAUUUCUGGUGGUCAUUGCUUAUUGGCUGUGGUCCAAAAUAUAAACAAGUUCCUCCUUCUAGGUAAAAGUAUAGACAUGGCACCAGGUGAACUAUUUGAUAAAAUUGCUAGGAGAAUGAAACUUAGGAAUGUACCUGAACUCUCCACUAUGUGUGGAGGACAAGCUGUAGAAACAGCGGCAUUAAGAGCCACCAAUCCAGAGAUGUUUAACCUUCCAAUACCACUGGUACAAGUUAAAGAUUGCAAUUUUAGUUUUAAUGGAUUAAAAACUUCAGUUUUGUAUCACCUGCGUAAGAAAGAAAAGGAACACAAAGUAGUUGCUGAUGCAUUAAUACCUGAAAUAAGUAAUUUAUGUUGUGCUGCAUUGAUAGCAACUACAAAACAUCUUGUUCACAGGACACAACGUGCAAUGCAAUUCUGUUCUAUCAAUAAUUUAAUUCCAGAAAAUAAUAAACGGUUAGUUGUAUCUGGAGGUGUAGCAUGUAAUAAUUACAUUUUCAAUGCCUUAAAAGCUGCAAGUGUUGAUUAUGGCUAUAAUGUAUAUAGACCAUCAAUGAAACUGUGCACCGAUAAUGGUAUUAUGAUAGCAUGGAAUGGCUUAGAAAAAUGGAGAAAAAAUUUGGAUAUUAUGACAAAUUUCAACACAUUAGACUUGGAAGCAACAAGUCAAUUAGGUGAAAGCUUAAUUGACCAAGUUGCAAGUGCAAAAAUAAAAACGAAAAUUUUUAAAUUUCAGAAAGCUGUUCAAUAAUAACACAGUACACUCGAGGCUUGAUUGCCUAAUUAAAUUGGUCACCAGCAAAAUCAUGACCAAAUACAAAUUUACAUUGGUUUUAAACUAAAUACAUAUUUGCAGAAGUAAAUCAUGGGCAAUUAAUUGUUUAAGUACUAAUGUUACUUUCAGUCAACACUAUGUCACUACAGUGAUAAAAUACUGCUACUAAUACCAGUAUGAUAAGAUACAAUGUACAAAACCAUCAUUUAAAAGAAAUAGAUUUUGUUACAUAAUGUAUAUUGAUCUCAUUUCUUUAUGUAAGUUAGUAUCUUUAUUUAUCAUAUAGGUAGUUGGCCCAACAAUAUCAACUUUUAUGUUGAGCACUGUUGAAUAGUAAAAUUGAGUAAAUACUAUUGCUAAAGUUGUUGGUAACAAUAUUCCAUAUAUAAUAAGUGCAAAUUAAAAAGUAUUACAAUUAAGAUUAAUCAGAACCCAUUUGUCUAUUCAACACAGGACCUACAAAAGAUCGUUCAUAAAAGCUCCAAUAGUAACGGUUACUCUUUGAUAUUGAUCAUAGUUUAUUGCAUUAUGCUCUUGAAAAUAUAUUAAGUUACCAUUUUGUAACUG